AUGAGAGUGGUGUCGGAUGUAUUGGAAACGUUUGGUGGUGAUUUCAAGUGGAACAAAGUUCAAUGUUAUGUAUGCUCGAGUAAUACUACUUCGGCGAAUGAACUGAGUCAUUUUCAGACAAAAACCUAUGCCAAACUGUUUCUCUACACAAUUUCGUAUACAUAUGAACAAUUUGAUGCGACGAUUGAAGUGAAUGAAGCUGUACUUUCGCAUGCAGCGACCGAAUGGCUUGAAAGUAGUCCGCAGACACGAAUUAGGUAAGAACAGUUUGGGCAUUUUGAACAUCUACAUUCCUUACGAAGCAAUAUUAUUUUAGACCCUGAUUUUGAAGUGCAAGAAAGUCUCCUUUUUUGUAAAACAACAAAGUAUUGGUUCAACUGUGCAUUAUUCGGAAGUAAUGAACUGGAAUAGAAUCCGGGAAAUACGAACUAGAGAUAAAAUGCCGAGAGCCAAAGAAUCAGAACUAGAAAUUCAUGACAAUUUAAAACUGCAGCGAUGAGAAACUAAUUUUUUUGGACGGGUCUGACUAAUACUUCCAGAGUAGUGUCCAAAACUUUGGUGGCAAAAAACAAUUUGACAAAAAUUGUUCUUUCCAAAAUCUCGAGCUCUGAAAUAUUUCCCGCAUUGUACUAGAUAAAGCUUUGACCUCUUUUCCACAAAACGGUCUAUUUAUAGGUUUUUACAGGUCAAAAACUAUUUUUUCUUUCGACCUUCUAUGAAACAGUAUUUUAAAAACUUCUCUUCAAACGAGCUUCAGUCAUCUUCCCAAUCAAACGCGUGCCUGUAUUCUUAACAUAUCUAUGCAGAAAAAUGUACGCUGGAGUUCGACAACUUCACUUCGACGGUCGAGACACUCCGCUCUCACGUGCAUCCUUACUUCAACUGUU